AUCUUUCUCUUACUUUCUCUGUCUUUUUUUUCUAGUCUCAAGCAAAAAAUAAUGGGAGGCAGUAAGAUGCCAAAUGAUUAUGAAAUUAACGUGGAAGGUGGUGGGAUGAUGUCUUCUCUUUCAAUAGCCAACACAAAGCAUGUCUCUAAUGAAGCACCAAUUGUGUCAUCUUACAAUGACCGGAUCAGGCCAUUGCUUGACACCGUCGACAGGCUGAGGAACCUGAAUGUGAUGAAAGAAGGGAUUCAGCUUCCUACCAUUGUUGUGGUUGGAGACCAGUCAUCGGGGAAGUCGAGUGUUCUUGAGUCUUUGGCAGGAAUCAGUUUGCCUCGUGGACAAGGAAUCUGUACUAGGGUUCCUCUUGUGAUGAGACUCCAAAGAAGUACUUGUCCUGAACCUGAGAUAUGGCUUGAGUUCAAUGACAAAAGGGUUGAUACUGACGAGGAGCAUAUCGCUGAAGCUAUUAGCAUCACAACUGAGGCAAUUGCUGGAUCUGGUAAAGGGGUUUCAGACACUCCCUUAACACUCCAUGUGAAGAAGGCUGGUGUUCCUGAUCUUACCAUGGUUGAUCUCCCUGGGAUAACUCGAGUUCCGGUAAACGGACAGCCUGAAAACAUCUAUGAACAGAUCUCCGGGAUGAUUAUGAAGUACAUCGAGCCACAAGAAUCCAUCAUCCUCAAUGUUCUAUCAGCUACAGUCGACUUCACCACCUGUGAAUCCAUCCGUAUGUCUCGACAAGUCGACAAAACAGGGGAACGGACUCUGGCUGUGGUAACAAAAGCCGACAUGGCUCCUGAAGGUCUCUUAGAGAAAGUUAUGGCAGAUGAUGUGAGUAUCGGACUAGGCUAUGUCUGUGUAAGGAACCGGGUAGGUGAUGAGACAUAUCAAGAAGCUAGGAUGCAAGAAGAAAUACUUUUCAAGACUCAUCCACUGCUUUCCAUGAUGGACCAUGACAUUGUGGGCAUCCCGGUUUUAGCUAAAAAAUUGAUGCAGAUCCAGGGAACAAUGAUUGCCCGUUGCUUGCCCGACAUAGUACAGAAGAUCAAAGAGAAGAUGGAAGUAAGUUACAUUGAGUUGAAUAAGCUGCCAAUGGUAAUGACUUCAACUCAAGAAGCUUUGAUGACUUUCAUGAACAUCAUUGGUUCUGCCAAGGAGUGUCUCCAAAGGAUUCUUGUACAAGGAGACUUCAUCGACUAUCAAGAUGAUCAAACCAUGCACUCUACUGCUCGUUUGGCUGACAUGUUGGGCCAAUUCUCAGACAAUCUACAAGCACAGCCAGUAACAGAGGAGUUCUUGAUGGAUGAAAUCAAAGUGCUAGAAGAGUGUAAGACAAUCGGACUGCCUAAUUUCAUCCCAAGAUCUGCGUUCCUAGCUAUUCUCUCACAACGUAUCGAUGCAAUCCAUACUAAGCCGGUCGAGUUCAUCACAGAAACAUGGGGCUACAUUGAAGACGUUAUAAUAUCUGUUCUUACCAAAUACUAUGAAAAUUUCCCACAGAUUCAAUCCUCAAUCAAACGAGCCGGUCGGAAUCUAAUCACCAAGAUCAAGGAACAGUCUGUGAACAGAGUAAUCGAAAUCGUCGAGAUGGAGAAACUAACGGAUUACACAUGUUGUCCUGAGUACAUGACAGAUUACACACAGAAGAUUGCUGCACAAAAAGACUUCAUCUAUACUGUAGUAAACAAUUAUUCGAACGUCCACUCAUUAACUGGAUAUGGAUUCGGGGAGGUUACGAUCUCGCAUCUUCGGAAGUAUGACGCACAGCUGCUUAGGCAAGCGUUCGACAUGAAGGUUAGAAUCACAGCUUACUGGACUAUCGUUGUACGCAGGAUUGUGGAUAACCUUGCACUCUACCUUCAGUUCUCUGUUAAGAAUCUUGUGAACAAUCAAUUUCAUAAAGAGAUCGUUGCGGAAUUGGUGAGUCCUGGAGGUGGAGGAGAAGUUGAGAAGAUGCUGGAGGAGUCUCCAUCGAUGACGAGCAAGAGGGAGAAGCUGAAGAACAGUAUUAAGGUCUUGAAGGAGUCCAAAGAAGCAGUUGCCGCCAUUGUUGAUCAAAAUUCUGGUUAGAGAGAUUGUUAAGCGAUUGCUUCUUGGUGAAGGAAGAUCCUGUUUUUAGGGUUUUACAACUCUGUUUUUAAUUUGUACGCUUUAACGUGUAUUGUUUUUUUUUUUUCAUCCUGUCGUGUAUGCUGUGUUCCUUGUUUAAUAAAUUAACUAGGUUCGGACCCGCGAUGUAGCGCGGGGGA